AUGCCGGGCCUGGCUCAGGCAUCCCAGGGUUGCAGGCGAUCGCGACGCCUGGGCGUCGAUGGCGGCGUGCAAAGGAAGACGAUGCGGAGGGAAGGCGCCUGGGGGUGCCGGGGCGGGUCGCGGGCGGCCAAGGGCGAAGCCGUUGGAGAGGGGACCUUCGGCGUGGGCUGCCCAGCGGUGGACCCUGAGGUCCGCGACCUGGGGAUGGAGCACAGGGCGGUCCUGGUGGUGCCCAGCGUGUGCAGCGCCGACAUCCGGCUAGACGUUGCGGGCGGGGCCCUGUCGGUGUCCCUGCUGGGACCGUGCGGGGAGUCCCGGCCCCUGUGCCAGAUCUCGAUCCCGGACGGCGUGGAGGAGGAUUACAUCACCGCGGAGGUGGCGGGGGUGAUUCUGACAGUCGUGAUGCCCAAGGCGGUGCCGAGGCGAGUGCGGAUGGCGGAUCCCGAAGACGGCGCCGGCUGGGGCCCGCUGGCGCCGGACGGCCGCGCCGGCAUGAUUGGCGAUUGGCUGGUCGAGGUGGGAGUGAACGGAUACCGAUUGUUGAGGCCGAUUCCGCCGGCUUGCUGGGGCCCCAAGGGGGUGCAGGUGGUGCUGAUGGGCAGCAGGGUGGCGGUGUGUGGGGAAGGGGGGGAGGCGCUGGACGGCUUCCGGGCGCCCGAGGACGUGGACCAGGAGGGCGUGUUCGCGUCGGUGGCGGGCGGGCUGCUGGUGGUGGUGAUGCCCAGGCGAGGGGCCGAGGGCCCGGAGGGGUGA